GAUUCCACAACCCAAGCUACGGUAACAGCAAAGACACCACGUAGGCAGCUCCACGCGCCGCCCGUCACGAGACUUUGCCGAGCACUGCUUGUCAAGCGACUCUGCCUAGAUAAUACGCCUUUUCGUAUUGGUACUAUCCGAUUAAUUUAUGAGGCGCAACCCCAGCGCCGGGAGCGCAGUUGCGCAAGCGGACGGCAGCAUGGCUCCGAGCACUUCGUUGCUGCACCCCGAUGGUGCCGGAGCCGCCCUAGAGCUGAGCAGUAGCAUGAUGAUGCCAACGGACUGCUCUGUUAUCAACGGGCGCCACGGGGCAGCGGGAGCAAGCUCGGGUGGCGCCCAAAUGGAAUUCCCUUGGGAAAACACAAAUGGAAAUGCAGAUCGCAGCAGCGUGCACGGAACACUGCAGAAGGUCUGGGAGCGCAGCAAGUCCAGCUACCAGCUGAAGAUGUCGACCUACUCGGCGCUCGACUGGCUGGCCUUCUUCCUGCCGUGCGUGCGGUGGCUGCGGACCUACAAGAUCAGGGAGUACCUCUUUGCCGACAUCGUGGCGGGUAUCUCUGUGGGCUUCAUGGUCGUGCCGCAAGGCAUGUCGUACGCCAACCUGGCGGGCCUGCCGUCCGUGUACGGCCUGUACGGCGCCUUCCUCCCCGUCAUCACGUACGCGCUGGUGGGCAGCAGCCGACAGCUGGCGGUGGGCCCGGUGGCGGUGACCAGUCUCAUCAUUGGCAGCAGCCUCAAAGAGUUGGUGCCGGGUGCCGAGACCAUUAGCAACCCCAACCAGCUCACGCCGGACCAGGAGGUGAUCCAGGAAAAGUACAAUAUGCUAGCCAUCCAGCUGUCGCUGCUUGUCGCGAUCCUGUACACGAGUGUGGGCGUCUUCCGGCUGGGCUUCCUCACCAACUUCCUGUCGCACUCAGUCAUUGGCGGCUUCACGUCCGGUGCCGCCAUCACGAUCGGCCUGAGUCAGCUGAAAUACAUUCUGGGCAUCAGCAUCCCCCGCACGGAGCGGCUGCACGACCAAGUGUCCACCUACAUCGAGUUCAUUCGCAACCUCAAGUGGCAGGAGUUCAUCAUGGGCAGCACAUUCCUGGUGUUGCUGGUCACCAUGAAGGAGGUCGGCAAGCGCUCGCACCGCUUCCGGUGGCUGCGGCCGCUGGGCCCCAUCAGCGUCUGCAUCAUUGCGCUGCUGGCCGUGUACAUCGGGCACGUUGACAAGAAGGGCAUCAAGAUCAUCGGCGCCAUCAAGAAGGGCCUGCCCACGCCCACCGUGGGCUGGUGGGCGCCCAUGCCCGACUUCGUGGACCUCAUCCCCAUCGCCAUCGUAGUCAUGCUGGUGGACCUGCUGGAGUCCACCUCCAUUGCGCGCGCCCUGGCCAACAAGAACAAAUACGAGCUGGUGGCCAACCAGGAGAUUGUGGGGCUGGGCCUUGCCAACUUCGCCGGCGCCGCCUUCCACUGCUACAGCACCACCGGCUCCUUCUCCCGCUCCGCCGUCAACAACGAGAGCGGCGCCAAGACCGGCCUGGCGGGCUUCGUGACGGCCUGGGUGGUCGGCUUCGUGCUGCUAUUCCUGACGCCCGUCUUCGAAAAGCUGCCGUACUGCACGCUGGGCGCCAUUGUGUGCAGCUCCGUGACGGGCCUGCUGGAGUACGAGCAAGCCAUCUACCUGUGGAAGGUGAACAAGCUGGACUUCCUGGUGUGGAUGGCCAGCUUCCUGGGCACUCUGUUCAUCUCCAUUGAGAUCGGGCUGGGCAUCGCGAUCGGGCUGGCCAUGCUUAUCGUCAUCUAUGAGUCGGCCUUCCCGCACACCGCAAUGCUGGGCCGCAUCCCCGGCUCCGGCGUGUACCGCAACGUCAAGCAGUAUCCGCAGUCGCAGUUGACGCCGGGCAUCCUGGUCAUGCGCAUCGAUUCGCCCAUCUACUUCGCCAACGUGCAGUGGAUCAAGGACCGGCUACGCGUGUACGAGGACCGCCACCGCGACUGGAGUGGCGAGCACGGCACCAAGUUGGAGUUCGCCAUCCUUGACAUGUCGCCUGUGACCCACAUCGACGCGACGGGCGUGCACGCGCUGGAGGGCUGGAUUGAGCACUUCGCGCACGUGGGCACGCAGCUAGUUCUGUGCAACCCCAGCGUCAAGGUCAUUCGCGAGCUGGAGACAGCGGGUGUGCCCGACAUGCUGGGCCGCGACUGGAUCUUCGUGACCGUACACGACGCCGUCAGCUUCUGCAGCAGGCAGCUGGCGGAGGCGGGCAUGGCCGUCACGCCGCUGUCCAUGACCCAGCAGCCCAGCUCCACCUCGGACGAGUGAGAGCACGGUAUGGGGUUGCACGAACCAGACCCAAAGUGUGCUGGACAGCGCUGUAGGGGUUCGGGGCGCGUCACGUGUGAUGCUCGCUGUCAUGUGCGAAUCUGCGCCUCACUUGUGCGUGGUGGGGUUAAAUAUUAUGUACUGCUGUGGUGGAAGGACGUGUUUGCAUCGCCAGGGUGCUGACGUCGGACGGAUAUGUACCUGAGUUCGGGCCGUGGGCCUUCACGAGUUAGUUUGGCAGAGCGCACAUAGCGGAGGCAGGGGUUUUUGUACCGUGCACUUGUUGUAGAAGGCUGGAAUGCACAGCGGGAAGGUCUGAUGUGGUGGGCUGCUUGGGGAAGUCCGUCCGCACAGCUGAGCAUAACAUGCAUCGCUUCUUCCGUGCGCAUUGACUGGCGUGUGUUGUGAUACAUUACCCUCUGCGCAUUGAAAUGUUUUGCGGUACCGUUGCAUGUGAUGAGGUGAAAAUGCUGCAAGAUGAGGAGGGCCCCAGGGCCUGGGCGAAAUGACUGACGGACUUGGCCGCUGUGGCGCUGUCAAAGCUCGGAUCGGCGGUGCGCGUGCGGCCGUGCGCCAGUGGGCGCGUAUCGCUACCGCAGGGACGUACAUAUGAGCGCGAAGCUGAGUCAUGGCCCGUAGAUGUGAUAAGUGUGCCUACGGCGAGGUGAUAUGUCAUGAGCGCCGCCGGCGCACGUGUGUAUGUUUCGGACCGGGUCACAGUACGGGAAUUACGCCAAAC